ACCCCAUCCCUCCUUCUAUCACUCCAUCCAGGGGAUUUGAUGGCCAUUAAGAGAUAGCUUUUUGGUGUGUUCGUGUGUCCCAUCACACACACACACGCACCUACACACACACAGGGAGCAGUGUUUCAUGUAAAGGCUCUGUUCCAUUUGCCCGGCUGUGCAGUAGAAUGUGGACUGACAUGGGACGGACAGGAUGGACACAUCCGUGCGGUUCUGGAUAGGGAGCUUCAACACACAUGGACGCAGGUCUCCAGAAAGGGCUGCACACUCCCAUCACCUCCGGUUGCGUCUCUUCCCGCUGAUGAUUUCCUGAGAUAUCCGUGCGAUCGGUGACAGCUGGUGCUGGUGUCUGCGCAUUUCCAGACCUCCGUUCAUCCUGGCAUGUUCCGGAUGAGAGACGGCAGGAAUGACUUCCUUCACUUUCACCGUGUCCGUGCUGUGCCUGCUUCCUCAGUCGGCGUUGGCGCGGUGGGCGUGCGUCCGGGCCUGCCCGCCGUCCUGCUCCUGCACGCAGGAGAAGAGCUGCAGUGUGCUGUGCGACCGCGCCGGCCUGGCCGAGCUGCCCAGAGAGUUCCCCUGUGAGGCGUCCGCCAUCAACCUGGAGAAGAACCGGCUCAAGUUCCUGUCGGAGCGGGCCUUCGGGGCCCUGCCCUCGCUCAGGUCUCUGUCUCUGGACCACAACAACAUCUCCUUCAUCACCCCGGGAGCUUUCAAGGGCCUCUCCAACCUGCUGGAGCUGAAGAUGGCCCACAACGAGUACAUCAGCUACCUUCACACCCGGACAUUCACAGGGCUGAAGAAGCUGCUGCGCCUGGACCUGUCCGACUGCAACCUCUUCAGCAUCCCCGACCGCAUCUUCAUCGAGCAGACCGCCAUGACGGAGCUGCUGUGCUUCCAGAACAACUUCCGCAGGAUCCCAGGGGCCAUCCGGGGCAUGGAGAACCUGACGCACAUCUACCUGGAGAGGAACAAGAUCGAGGCGGUGGCCUACAACUCGCUGCUGGGCCUGGGGAGCCUGAGGUACCUGAACCUCCAGGAGAACCGCAUCAAUGUGAUCCAUGACAACGCCUUCCAGGACCUGGUGCGCCUGGAGAACUUCUACCUCAACGACAACCUGCUGACCGACCUGCCCCGGCUCGCCUUCAAGGGGCUCAGCCGCCUCAAGAUGCUCAACCUCGGGGGCAACCAGCUGAUCAACGUGUCCAAGACGUGGUUCGGUGACUUGGCGGAGCUGGAGGUCCUGUACCUGGACCGGAACCAGCUGCUGAACAUCGAGGAGGGCGCCUUCGAGAACCUGACCAGCCUGAUCACGCUCCACCUGAACAGCAACAACCUGACCACGCUGCCCCUCAGCGUUUUCCAGCCCGUCUACUUCCUGGGCCACCUGUACCUCUUCAAAAACCCCUGGCAGUGCGACUGCGCCCUGGACUGGCUCAAGCAGUGGAUGGAGAGCUACAAGCUGGUGCGGGACAUCCCGUGCGCCUCGCCGUCCUCCGUGGCGGGCCUGGACCUCAGCCAGGUGGCGUUCCCCACGGCGAACGGCACCUGCGUCGACCCCGCCGAGCUCAACCUGACCACGGCGUCCUCGGAGGUGCGGCCCACCACGGAGAACCGCUUCAACAGCCUCAUCUCCAAGCUGCUCCAGCAGGAGCUCAGGGAGGAGAUGGGGAACGGGACCGAGAGCGCGCGCAACGCGACGCUGCCGGAGCCGGAGGAGGGUCAGCUGUCGGCGGGCGCCGGAGGCCGGGGGUCACAGGCGGUUCAAUCGCUGCUCUGCUUCAUGGUGACGUGGCUCUUCUGUGGUUUGUUCCGCCCGUCACACGCUGCUCUCUGUCUGCGCUGUACGUGAAGAAGAGGACCGAGAGUUUUAAUACCGCUUCAGAGUUAAAAUGUGCUUUUAUUUCUCCCAGGAGGUCUGAAGGCUUGGAGCCUCUCAGUUGGCUUUUGGACGUUCCUCUCGCCCAAGAACAUGAAGCACGUGGGACAUGACAUGGCAAGCACCGUUUCUACUGGAACUGAAAUCCUUGUGCUCCAUGUAUCCCAGACUUCAUGCUUUAUGGGGUAAUUUCAAAAGGUAUUUACCCCCUCAUGGAGUUCUUCUCUUUUUCCCUGCCUGUCACAUGCAGCCCUCCCUGAUGACCUGUUGUCACGUAGAGUUUAUGGUUUUCCGUCAGACCGUCAGUUCCAGAAAUCAUGAAAGAAACUAUUGCAAAAAUCGGGACACAAGGACACGACCGCCUCUUUUAGGACGGCAGGAGGAUUAAAGGUUGGGAGAUAAAAGUUGAACCGAAAAAAAAAAAUGUUUUAAUGAAAGAGAAAAAAUAUGUUCAGGCUUCACAUGGAUAAGUAAUUAUCCAAAUGCCCCCUUAAGCAAUAAGGAGGCAUUUAGUAAUGAUGGCAAUGUCAUCAAGUGUUUGCAAUACCUGGUAAAAUUGUCCUGAUUCAGCCACAUUCUGGAGUUUUCAACCAAUAAUGGCUUAUUUAAGGGGGCAGCACUAUGUGAUUUUUAGGCAUGUAGUGCUAUUUUAUAGAACAAUCAAGUAACUAUGUCACCUUUAGUCAUUAUUCUGUCACAUAUAACUUAAAAGAAAUCUUUCUUCCUAAUGUAAAGACUUGAAAUUGUGUCUGUUGCUUGAAAAACUCCUCUUCCUGAAACGCCGCCUUCAGGAAGUCAUCACAACACGGCUCCUCUAGUGACUCUUUAUCAUUAAUUAACAUUUUGAGCGGUGAUUCGCUGAGUAGUAGCCCCUGUAAUGAGCUGAGCGGAUAUGCAGUUCCACCAGGUGUUUGCUAAUUGCUGCUGGCUAGUCUGAAGGAGCUGAGAGGGGGCGGGCUGCUCUGUGAGGCAGAAGCUCGGAAGCUUAGAAACCGCAGCUCACAGGAGGAGCUUUGUCCUUGAAGGCGGGGCUAAGUCCGCGCAGGCGUUUUGCACAGCUAAUUAGUUGCCAUGGAGAUUAAAGGAUUCCUCAAAUAUGCAUGGAGAGAAUCAAAGCAGCACUCCAGGUGUGUUUUUGACAGGGGGAAUAAUAUAACAUGAUGAAAAAAGGUCGAUUUUACAUAAUACCGCCAGUUUAAGGUCCUCCCAACAGGACAUAGGUCACAGCACACAACACUGUUCAUACUUACCCGCGACAGACAUUUUGUGCAGAUGGAUAAAACUAAACCACUGACACUUCUCUCUUGCAUAAAGAAUUAAAACAAUGCAAUAUUCUAUAAAGAGCGCUUUCUGUUUUUUUUUUUUGUUGUUGUUGUUGUUUUCUUUUUCGUAUCUUCCUUCACAUCUGUGUGCAACAUUAAAGGAGAUAAACGCUCCUGUCGUCAUCUCCUGGACAGAUGUCCUCUUGGCUCAUUUGUCCAUUAAGCUUCUUUACUUCUACUGGACGCUACGGCGAGCAGGAGGGACAUUCUUCCUGCUUCUGCCUCCUGGGAUGAACUCUGUCCGAGUCUGCUGGGUUCUGCUUGAAUGCGGAGGAGCAAAGACUGUCAUUAUUAUGAAUUAUGACUCUUUCACAGCGUAAUGCAGCGUUUGUUUUAUACACGGUGUUGUGUACGUUCUAAUGCUUCAGGAUGUCAUUGUUUAACAUGAGCCACUGCUUUUCUUGGUUCUACUGUCUUUCAGGAUCAAAGUUCUGCUGCGUGAUGUGUUUUUUGUUUUUUUUAUGAAUAAAAUGAACAGGAAGGGGGAAAAAAACCCCAGAUUGCCCCUGAA